UGGAAAAUCCGCUCUUGCCCCGUGGCACAGCCAACACUAAAUUAUAAUCACUCAACGUUUAUUUCGCAACAGAGUUGGAUUUGCUGAUUUUUGUUUACGAAUUUUAAUAAUUGUUGAUAAAUAAAAUGUCCCCACUAAGAUUGCAGUUAGCUUGUGAAGAUGAAAGAUCGCCGAAGACAGGUAUGUCGAUAAUGUAAAAUAAUUUAUUUUAUAACAACUAGCAGAAGUUUGUAUUUACAAUUAUUUCCAAAUUAAUUGAAAACUUUUAAUUUUAGGGAACAUUAUCUCCAAUAAUAAUGAAACGAUGGAAGAAUGUAAUCUCGAUGACGACCCGAUGCUGACAGCGCUUUUCAAUCCGUUGGUAGCUUUUAUACUUUAGUAUUUAGUUAAUUAAUUCCAUUAAAAAUUGUAUCUCAAAAUUCCUCCAUCUCUUUUCCAGGUCCUGCAAUCAAUAUUUUCCUCCUUACACCUCUCUGACCUUAAGUCGGUUCGCCUCGUUUGCAACUUUUGGAAUGAUCACAGUGGCCUCGUCGCCCUGGGGAAGAAAGGGUAUCUCAAUUUGAAAAAGACCUGGCCUUGUUGUCAAAUCUCCGAUCCGCCCGAAUUCGACACCGCUCUAGCAAAAAGGGUCAAAGUUACGGCAAGAUGUCGCUGUGCUGGGUCGGAUCACCUCGUCGACGCCGCUCUGACCGAAAACUUCUCCUCUUUUGUUUCCCCUAUCAAGGAAAUUGUGGAGGAAAUGGUGCUCGAAGUGGACCUCAAUUUUCUCGCUUUUUGGAAACUUUGGAGAUUAAAGAUUUCCAGAGACUGAUGGAAUUGUUUCCGUGUGUGAAGAAGCUUAAUCUGGAACUGGAGACGAAUUCUGACCUGUGGUCGGGAUCGAGGGACAAGAAGACGCACUUGAAGAAUUUGCUGGACGUGUUGGCCGACUGGAAAUUGGAACGGGGUCACGUCGUCGUCAACUUUGCGGAGGAUGCCGACAUUGUGGAGGCUGUCGUUAGCGGAAUGUUGGAGUGGACUGGGCGGAAAACAGCAGUUUUCCAUCGUUCGCAUUCUCGCAUGAAUUUUGGGAUGGUCGUGCUGAUCAAGGAUCCAUUUAUGCCGUGUAAUAAAUUUGACUGGGUUGAAUUUCGUGGGUUUGCUAAGAACACUUGGGCCGUGCCAGACACUGACGUUUGGGAAACCGUGCUAGAGGCGAAGAUUAAGGAAUUUGCCGAAAAACGGAUGUGUUCUCGGCACAGACGUUCCCAGUGA